AUAGUACUGCAGAAUUGUAUGGAUACCAAUGAGCCAGACAGCGAUGGCCUAACGCCACUGAUGCAUGCGGCUGCAGGCGGCCAUGAGGAAGUCGUCGGCCUGCUGUUGAGCCAUGGGGCUCGGCUCGGGGAUCGAGACAACCGACGGCGGUCGGUUUUGCACUGGGCUGUGCUUACAUACAGAGAGGCUGUACUUCGACUGCUGCUCAAGCAUGCCGCCACCGACGAUCCUCUUUUGAUUGACGCCUACGAUGAAUCGGGCUGCAGUCCCCUGCAUGCGGCAAUUGACUCAGGAUUCGAGAUUGGCGUCAGCAUAUUGAUGGAGUUCGGCGUCAACAUA